CGCGGCUCGAGCAGCCGCCGCGCUUCCUGGCGGGGCGGGGCCCGCGGACCCCCCCCCCCCGGCGCUCCGUGCGCGCGCGGGGGUGCGCCCCGCCCCGGCAGCCCCGAGGAUGCGAUGGCGAGCCGCCCGCGCGAGCUCGCGGCGGCAGCUGCCGCGAGGGUCAUGGGCUGCCUGCGGUGCGCCAGACGAGCGAAGGCAUCCCCGAGGGCCAGCCGCCUGGCGGUGUCUGGCCUGGCGCACCCGGCGAUCCCGCGCCAGAACAGCUACAGCGGGCUUGACGGGCUCGAGGUCGAAGAGGGCGUGGGUGUCGGAGACCACGUCGUCUGUCGACUCCGGGACGGCUGGAUUAGUAUCGCAGCCGCUACUGCUAUGGCCGGGUCACCAGGCUGGACCCGAUCGAGGUCCUCGGCUGCGACGGCCGCACGCACCCCGUCGAGAACCUGACUUGGGUGAUGCUCUCCACAGACGACGGCUGGCUCCUCCCCCACGACUUGGGCUGGCAGGAGCCAGGCCGCUAUGUGCUGCUGCAGCUGCUGAACCGCGAGUGGAUCUCGGCCAAGGUUUCGCCGCUGCACGCGGUCCAGCCCAUCAAGACGGGCAGGUUGAUGCUGAAACUGGAGGGCCUCCCGUCCUUGGAGGAGGUCUGCGUCGAAGAGGACGUGGCCCUGCUGUUGGUGCCCCACGACGACUGCCAGGAGGAGUUCGGGCACGCCCCGCCGAACCGCGGCGGCUGGCUCUCCGAGCACAUCAGCAUGGCCUUCCAGCUGGAGGAGCCGGCUGACGGCGAGACCCAGGAACAGGCGGAGCAUCGGCAGAGGCUGCGGUGGGUGCAGAGCUCGCGGACGGACGGGCAGUACCCCAUCCGCUCCGUUUGGGUCCACCCGCAGAUGAAGGGCGGGGCCCUCAACGAGUUCGCGCGGCGCGCUCGCCAGAAGAUGGCGGAGAGCCCGGUGGCCAUGAGGCGGGAAGCGGUCAUGCUGUUCGGGCCCCCGGCCGCGGGCAAGAGCUCCAUCGGCCGGCUGAGGGCGGACCAAUUGGCCCACGGGCUGGUCAGGACAGCCCAAUCCCUGAAAUAUCGAGAGGAAGUCAACAAUGAUAACCUGACAGAUUGCAUGCCAGGCUUCCCAGAGGAGUACAAGCACGUGCUGUCAAUCAAGGACGGUCGAAAGGAAAGAAGUCCAAAGCAGCUCUGGAAGAAGGCCAUGGUCGGAAUCAAGGCAGGCCAGGUCGGAAUCAGAGACUCUGGGACAGACUUCGCUUCGAAAUGGUUGUGGCUACAGAUGAUGCGCCAGGAGAACUUGUCGGCCGAGUUGUGGGCACUCCAGUGGCUGACCUACCUCGUGUACCACCACGGGCCCGUCCGCGACUCCCUUGCGCUGGAUAUCAUCAAGGUUACCGUGGUCGAUGCCCACGAGCUCCCGGUGUUCUACUCCUCCUGCAUGGCGGGCAAGGCGAUGGGGCGGGCCAUGAUGAUCCUGGACCUGGCCCACUCGGACACGAAGCCCAUCCGGCACAAGAGGCUGCCCUUCCGCGGCUUCUGGCCCUACACCUCGCAGGAGGCCCGCUUCGAGCGGCAGGAGGGCCGGGCCAGCCUGGAGAGGAAGGAGGGGAAGCUGCUUGGCGGAAACCUGACGUCGAACCUCGUGGACAUACACUACCACGCACAGCAGGCAGAGAGCAACAUCAUCAAACUGCUCGGGUGCCUGCAGAGGGGGGUCAGGGCGACCGACAGCUCCUCGUCGUCCGGCGAGGAGGCGAGGGCCGACUGUGCCCAAGAGGAGUCGCCGAAGAGGCACCGGUGGAGCCUCCAAUCGGCCGUGCCGAGUCCGAGAAAAGGAGGCGGCAGGCCGUCCGAGGAGGCCCCGGGUGGCCGCAGCUCCUCUGGCCAGCAGAGGACCCACGUGAAGGUCGACCACUUCCUGGUCAUCGACAACGAGGGCGAGGAGCCCGAGGUGCUCCUCGACUACGCGAGCGAGGAGGGGGCCGUCGACGACGAGAAGAUCAGGCGGGAGCUGCAGGGGGUCGUGGAGGAGGCGGUGACGAGCAGCCAGCUCUUCGACAAGGAGUGGGACGCGUUCGACCCGUACGUCUUUCGGGUGGUGCACUUUUUCCUGAAGACGUGCUUCCCUCAGGACCACCCGCUGCGACAACAGGGCAAGAGGCUGAAGGAGAAGGUCAAGCAGUCGCUGUCGUGGCCGAAGUCUCCCACACAGGUCCUACCCAUGGUGAUAGAGCUCGACGAGGCCGUCUUCUUUCGGAAGUACGGGGCACGAUCGACCGCCACCAACACCAAAUCGUAUCGCGACGAUGGGCACAUCGCAGAUACGAUCUCAGCGGACGCGCUCGCCAAGUUGUCAGAGAAGGAUGUUGACAAUUUGAAAAAGUUAUUGAGCAUGAUGCGCAAGUACACUUGCUUAGCCAUGAUGCAGGAGAUCAAAGAUUCGGGAGAUUGGGUCAAGCCGAUGGACACGAUGGACACGAGAAGCCGAAGCAAACCCUCCGCGACGCCUGAGGGCAACGAGUUCAAGUUGUCGAUAUGACCCACACUCUCAACGGGUGGUGACUUUGUGUUAUGAGUGACGGGGUUGCCCCAUGCAUGAUGAUCUGUCCCGCCGUCCUCCUCCCCGCGACAUCUGCAUUUUAAUGGCGUCCACAGCUCGAUCGAUCCAAUGUUUUUCUGCUGGUCACUUACUUGGUUUGCCAGGACGGGGUGCGGGUGGACGGCCAUGCCUCUCCGCCCCGGUUUUCGGUGCCACUUCCUCAUCGCCGCUCCCGCCUGCCAACUGCAGGCUUGGCUGGGCCACCUCCCGGGGCAAUGAGAAGGGGGGCGUAGGUUCAGGGUAGAAUGAAUACAUCGACCCCCAACCGUCGUCAUUUGCGCCCUCCUGUUCCUUCUUCUCAUGUUUUCGCCAGUGUCUCUGAACAGAGCGCGCCCGAGUUUCAGGCAGCGAGCAAUCGUGGCGUUGGCAGCGAGAGGCAUGUAUGAGCGAUGGCCACGGCGAGUUGUUCACUAGCCGAACGGCCGUUCUAGAGUUUUUAGAGAGCAUAUUUGGAGAAGGACGACGACACGUGGUCCUACACCCAGCGUGAGCCCAAACGAGUUCUCCAAUGAAGGGUCAGCGAGGUCUUCCCUGCUGUCGGGGCACAAAGUGUUGGCUCAGUCUGGUUCUCUGCCGCUUUAGACUUUAGGCAUUGCCGGCCGCCCAGAUGGGCCUGUGACCUGGUGUGCGCACGAGCGGCGCGAUGGCACGCAGUUCCUCAAGGCUGCGUGUAUAGGUGGCACGAGUCACAGCCUUGUUCCCACCUUCGCGAACAAAAAGCA